AUGCCUCGUCGAUCGUCUCGGGCCGUUCCCGCGCCUGCGGCAGCUCCAGCGCCGACUCCAAAAAGGCGCGCGUCUGACAGAAUCUCUGCAGGUUCAAAAACAGAUCCGAAAAGACAAAGGUACAACAGCACAACCGCCAAGAAGGCCGUCAGGUCUACCGCCAGAAAGAGCAAAUAUUUUGAAGACGAGGGACAUGAAGAAUCAGACCCUGGAUCCAGUCAUGCAUUCGAAGUGGAAGAAGACUCAGGUUCAGCCUACGAAGAUGCAAACUUGUCCUCCCCGUCAACUGAACCGGACUCUGAGGAACCGGAGGCGCUAUCUACAGAUGAGGAGAGAACGAAAAUAUCGGCAACAAAGAAGGUUAAACCUAGCGGAGGUCGAAAGACACCAGUGAAAAGCGGUGCGAGAAGAAGCAAAGAAAAAAAGGAAGAAGACCACCCUAAUGAGGAGAUAGCGGCUUCGCUAAAGGACAGAGAACUAUGGAGAGAGGGUGUCAGCACUGGUUUAGGACCUGGAAAAGAAGUCUUCAUCAAAAAACCUAAAGCCAGAGAUCCCGGAGAUAUUCCCUAUCAGGACCAUACACUGCAUCCGAACACCAUGCUUUUCCUGCAAGAUUUGGCGAAACAUAACGACAGACAGUGGCUCAAAGCACAUGACGCGGAUUAUCGUGCCUCGAAGAAAGACUGGGAAACCUUCGUCGAGAGUCUCUCAGAAAAAAUAUCAGAGCUGGACAGCACCAUCCCUGAGUUGCCUGCAAAGGAUAUCGUCUUCCGCAUCCAUAGAGACAUUCGAUUCAGCAAAGACCCCACUCCAUACAAGACACACUUUUCAGCUGCAUGGUCCCGCACCGGCAGAAAAGGCCCUUAUGCCGCUUAUUAUGUGCAUCUGCAGCCCGGAUCUUGCUUUGUCGGCUCAGGACUCUGGCACCCAGAAGCUGAUAAGCUUGCUCUUCUUCGAGAGGAUAUCGACAAUAAUUCGCAUCGUUUGAAGGCUGUGCUGCGAAGACCGGACGUGCGCCGCGAGUUUUUCAAUGGGAUUCCCGACGACGAAAAGAAGGCUGUACAGGCUCUUGUUAGUCAAAACAAAGAAAGCGCGCUCAAAACAAAGCCCAAGGGUUACGAGGCCGACAACGAAAACAUCGAAUUACUCCGUCUACGCAGUUUCACCAUUGGAAAGCCCCUCUCCGACUCGGAAUUUAUGGCCUCGAAUGUGCAAGAGAGAAUUGCCGCCAUCAUUGGUGUCAUGGAACCCUUUGUUACGUACUUGAACAGCGUCGUUAUGCCUGAUCCAGUGGACCAGGAUACAGGCUCCGACUCCGACUCCGCAUGA